CAGCAGGGCAGAGCACUUUUGGAUGGAGAUGUUCUGAAUUUAUUGACUCGUUUCUGAGUAUUGUGGGCUUAUUUCUUCGUGAAUUUGUCAUCUCUGUGUCCGGUAGGUUUGAGGCUGUUGUAGUCAUGCUGCCGCUGAAGGACAAGGACAAACCUAUCAUCCAGAAGCUUCUGUCGGCCGGCUGCUGUGCUCGCUGCAUCCUCAGGUUCUGCUGCGUAAACGUUCAGUCUGCCUACCGACGGCCCCACCAGGAAACUCUCAGAGAGCUUCAAGCCUUCAUCAGUGACACAGAAAAAAACACAGAGUCAGCAGCAGGAGAAUCUACUGAAAACAACAGAUCCCAUGAUGCAGCAGGGUCAGAACCACCGGAGGACCCACCCAGUAAAAGAGCCAAACUGGAGCCAGGUGGGGCAGAGGCUCCGUCAGAGGAAGACGCUGCUGAUGGAGACGGAGUGAAGGAUGAAGAGUCAUGUGUCUGUGUGGUGUGUUUGGGGAUCUUACAGGAGCUCUGUGGCACGGCGCAGGCCGUAAAGAUCGCUGAAGCAGUGAAAGCAGAAAAGUACGAGUUUGACACCCUGGUGCUGUCUGUGUCUCUGCCUGCUCAGCUGUGUGUCCGAGAGCACUCCUGCUGGCUCCAUGUGAAGAAAGAACUGAGAGAGAAGAGCAUGGUGGUCGAUAAGGACGACAUCGUUCAGGUCAAAGAGGCCUUCAAGUGGAUCAUGCAGGGCCUAGUUUCUAAGGAGCUAGGAGGCACCGCAGUGGUUACCAGGAGUUUAUUUGAGGUUGGUGUGGAGUUCGUUCAUCCAGAAUCAGAAGCAGACUGCCAUUUCCUUGCGUUGACAUGUCCAGACUGCUUUAAACCCACCAAGAACAAACAGUCCGUGUUCACCAGGAUGGCUGUGGUCAAAGCUCUGGAGAAGAUUUCUGACGCCAAAUUUCUAAAACAUUACCCCUGUCCUCCAGCUCAGCCCGGCAGCAGCUGCAGCUCUCAGGACGUCCAGUGUCUCCACGUGUCCAUCUUUGUGGCAGGACGGUACAACAAGUUCUGCCGCAGUCUUCCUCAGACUCCGUGGCUGAUCGAUGGAGAGAGGAGGAUGGAGUCGUCGGUGGAGGAGCUGAUCGCGGCGCCCAUCCUGUCUGCCUUUAGAGCUGACGGAUUUAAUUUCUCCUCAUCUGGCAGAGAGGACGUGGAUGUCCGGACUCUUGGGAAUGGUCGUCCGUUUGCGAUGGAGCUGCUGAAUCCUCACAAAUCCAGGCUGAGCAAAGUGGAGAUGAAGCAGCUACAGGAGGCUAUAAACGCGUCUUCAGAUAAAAUCAGAGUGAGGGACCUGCAGAUCGUCACCAGAGAGGCCAUGAGCCGCAUGAAGGAAGGAGAGGAGGAGAAGACCAAGUCGUACACAGCGCUGAUCUGGACCCAGAAAGCCAUCGAGAGAGAAGACAUCACCUUCAUCGACGACAUCAAGGAUCUGACUCUGGACCAGAAGACUCCUCUGAGGGUUUUACACCGCCGAGCCCUCGCCGUCCGCCAGAGAGUCAUCCACAGCAUGAGCACGCGUUUCCUGGACUCUCACCACUUCUACCUCGGGCUGAAGACGCAGGCCGGGACCUACAUUAAAGAGUUUGUCCACGGAGACUUUGGCCGUACUAAACCCAACCUGUGUCAGCUGUUAAAGACCGACACGGACAUCCUGGAGCUGGACGUGGAGUCUGUAGAUGUAGACUGGCCUCCACCCAUACCGGAGUGAACUCUACCUGGUCCUGGUCCUCAGAGAGUCCAUAGGUUCAUCCCACCUGGACUGAUGUGGAUUAACCAGACUCAGACUGUCUGAGAUGGGAGAGAGAAGUGAGGGAUGAAGACACCGAUCCAGGAGAGGAGACGGAGGACGUCUGAUUUAUGUUUUCACUCAGAAUGACCCAGACCUCAGUUCUCAGAAGGUCGUUUUCUGUUAGAUAAAACAAGGGAACUCACUUUUGAACCGAGUCUGUAGAAAGACUAGGAGGCUAAUAAAGACUAGAAUGUU